UUCGGGGGCGUUCUAUCGGUCACGCACCCUCUCUGGCGUGUCCCAUCUAGCCUUCUCGCGACCUCUCUAUGGGCUCGUUUGGCUCCCUCUAGGCCUCACUUUCCUUCUCCAUGGUUUCUGCGGGGCCCCUCUACCCCUGACGUUUCCUCUCUGUGGUCUCCCGCGUGGUGCCCUCUGGGAGCCGGGACGCGAGAGCGCGAUGUGGCGGCUGCCGGGGCUGCUGAGCCGAGCCCUUCAUCGCCUCCAUGUGCUGAAUGCUUCAAGCUCUAUCCAUGGGAUCCCAACCCUCCCCAGCAAUGAGGAGUUCCGGAACACCACCUCAGCAAUCAGUGCUGGACAGACUCCAUCUGAACAGAGUUAUUUUCUCUCAGCCGCCUGGCAGAGCAGACGGGGUCGAGAUGGUUGGGAGCAAGGGAAUGCGCAGAGACCCUUCUUGAACCUGCAGCCUCACUACACAGUCCUCGAUGCCUUCACCUGGGGUGCACUAGCUGUGCUUGUUCUGCAGUUGGCCAGGCACAUCCCAUGGUUGAGCCCUGUGCCAGGGGCAGGAAGAGAGGACAGGCAUCCCCGAGUGGGUGGGUUCCUCUCUUCUCUGCUGCCUCAUCAGCACUCAGUGCCAGCUGCAGGUUCAUCCAAUUGCCACAGUAACCAGAAGGUGCCCUGCUUCCUGCUGGGAGGGAUUCCAGAUGCUGCACCAGAGAAUCCAUCCUCUGGCAUCCCCUCAGGGCAAGGAAAGCACCAGCUCUGCCCAGAAACAGAGGAGCAUUCAUUCCCUGAGAGCUGCAGCACCAGCCUGGGGCCAGCCUACUGCAGUGUACAGGGGCUGUCAUUUUCCACUCUACAGGGGAAGCCAGCACAGCAGGAACGCCUGGAGGAAGCAGCUACCCAGCUGCAGCAGGUGUUCCGGGUCAGCGUUUCCAUUGCACUCAAUAUCCUUGGGAUUGAGAGUGUGAGUGAUGGCCACUACAGGGCAGCCUAUUCCUGCUUCAAGCUGGCAGCAGAUCGUGGCUACAGCAAAGCCCAGUUUAACGUGGGCCUGUGUUAUGAGCAUGGCAGAGGCACGGAGAAAGACCCGACAAAGGCAGCUCUCUAUUACCAUCGUGCAGCCAGCAACGGGCACCCUAUGGCCCAGUACCGCUAUGCCAGGUUCCUUUUACGCCAUGGGCUCAAAGCUGAAGGGGCUAACGUGCAGAAGGCUGUGACUCUGCUAGAGCAGGCAGCAGCAGCAGGGCUAGUGGAGGUGUGUAGAAGCCUUGGGGUUUGGCACUAUGCUAGGUUUUUCUGGCUCCUGUGUGUCAGAGUUGUGGUGAGCUUUCCCCACUCCAGUGUGCAGCUCUUUGUUCAGGCACAGGCCUACCUUGGGGUGCUCUACAUGAAGGGACUGCAGUCUGCAAAGCAGAGGGCUCUGAAAUACCUGUGGCUGGCAGCCAAGAAUGGGGAUUCCCAAAGCAGGUAUCAUGUUGGUGUUUGCUAUGAGAAGGGCCUUGGAGUACAACAGAACUUUGCAGAAGCAAUGGAGCAUUACCAGCGCUCAGCUGCUGCAGGAAACAGACAUGCUCAGGAGAGAAUGCAAGUUGUUGAGCAGGAGAUGGCAGGCUUGACAGCCGCAGAGAGCAGUCAUCCAGUACCUUCUGGAAUGAGAGCGUUCUCCUCCAGCCCCUGCCUCUGGGUCCUGGAGCAACUAACAGAGCAGCGCCAGGCCCCUCCGAUGGGAUAUCGUGCUUUACCCCUGCCCCACUCCUGGAGCACAGGCAGUCUGGCGGGGGCUGACGUCAGCUGACUGAGAUGGAAUCCAGCCCCAGAACACACAGCAAGUCUAUCGGAUUCUUCCUGCCUGGAGCCACAGCCAGUGCUCUAUUCUCAGGGGAUAGCACUUGGCUAGUAGGUACAAAUGGAAUCAAUCCCUUCCUGUGGAAAUCAUGCCCAAGAGGAGCAGUAUCGUCCUCCCGUAACUCCACCAGCCCUUGGGGAGAGGCAGCAGUGUGGAGGGGGCAGGGUGAUGGUGGAUGGGGAUAGGCUAUGGUGUUUGGAGAGGAGGGGGCAGUGCAAGUUCUCUAAAGGAACAGGAAUGAUACACGUGCUUCCAGAGCAGUCUCCCUGUACGCUAUUGAUACUACUCUGCACUACCUGGCCUAAUUUCACACUGCCCCAGCCAACCCCGGGCCCCAGCUCCUCCACUCUGCCUUGGCCCAGGGGCCUAACCAUAUGCAUUUACACAGCCUAACCCAGCUCAGCCACCAUGCUUUGUGAACUGGGCCAGCACCUCACUGUCUCUGCUGGCCUGAAGGCCUUGCUGGAGGCUCCUCCUCUGAACACCAGUGCUCUGCUCCAUGCUGGAGCUGCACUUGGCUCGCUGGUCCAUCCCCUACCUGUACUGUCUGGCAGUGUCAUGACUUGCCACCAAGGCUGCAGGUCACACAGUGGCUCUGCACACACAUGUUGCAGCAGUUUAAUUAAAUCAGUUAAAAGCCGAUUAAGUCAAACAGAUGCUGAUCUCUGCCUGCGCCUGUACAUGUACCCACACAAGCUAAACCGAUACAAGCAGGGUUUAAUCUGUGUUAAGAGUAUCUACACACAAAUUGCACUGUUUUAAUUCAGUAGCAAAUUCUCCUUGUAGUCAAACUGGUGCAUCUCUGCAUGUAGGUCUGGCCUCACAACAGCAGCUGUCUGUACCCUGGCAUCUGUUCUCAAUUCCAGCCUCCAUUCUGCAACUGUAGGGUAGCUCCCCCUCUGUUUCCAGAACCUGUGGCCUUGCAUUCAAGGCCACUCAGUUUACUUGCUCUUCCUUUGUGAGGCAGGAUGCAACUGGCAGGAAAUCCCUCCAACGGAUUUCCCUACUCUCAUCAUAACCAGGGCUGCUCCUGAGCAUCAUCUCCCUGCUGCGGGCGGAGGGAGGAAGGGGGAGCUGCACCCACCCCCUUCCUUUGUUAUAGAACUCACCCGUGCAGCAGGGAGGAAUGAAGCAUAGCAAGGCUAAGCUAGGGGAAUGGAAUUAAUCUCCACUUUAAUUCACUAAUUUAUUGUUGUCUACAAAUAAAUCCAGUGGCUACAUGCAAAUAGUGCAGAGUGAGAAAGUUGGGAAGUUGUUCGCUGUGUUUGUGGGAUGCCUGCAGUCAGAGAUGAGAGCAAGCCCUCCAGUGCUGAGCUCCCCCACAGCCACAAGCACGUCCCCUGUAGCUUGCAGAGGAGUUCAGGCCUGUGGCUGGGCCAGAAUUUGCCUCAGUCAUUUGGUUGCUGAGGUAAAACAAUUUUGUUUUCAGCAGACAGCAAGUAGUGAAGAAUUAGUGGUGUAACUAAUAAUAAGAUGAUGCAAGCAGCAAAUAAUGAGCCCCAUCCUUCAGGUCACUGUUUUUUGCUUCCAAGGAUCUUUGGACUUUUCUUAAAGUAUUUUAGAGAAUCCAGUGUUAGAAGGAUUUGAUUUUUGAAAAAUUACAGAACUCCAAGUGCUAGAGACUUUUUGCUUACAUUGCUCCAUCACCUGUGCCAGCCCCACCAUGUAGAAGGCACUCUCAAGGGGAUGGACAGUUGGGAGCAAGUUCCACUCCCCAAAAUGUCUUUUCAUUUUCGCUCCUUUAAAUGGACCCUUCACCCCACAGUGUCUAUUCCUGCUGUGGGUUGCUGUGCACACACACACAAAGCAAAGUUUUGUAACUGCUGUGCAUGUGGGAAAGAUAGUGAGAGGUCAGGUGUGAGCAUUCACUAGACAAUUUUGGCCCUGUGCUGGUACUGCUAGAUCUUUGCCAGCUCUGGGGAAAUGCUGUUACAUAAAGGGGAGCCAGAAAUGCAGUUGUUUUGGAGCGCUCACCUCAAAAUUUGUAAGAAGAGAGACACUAAAGUGGAGCUAUCAGUACAUCUAAACAGAAAGUGCUGCUUAGCCUUAACUAGGCCUCUGGCCAUUGCCAACAAGCUGCCUCCAGCUCCAGAUUACAACCACCUCAGUAUUAACCUGUCUGGUGGAACAUUGAGCAGGUGACAACUGUCAAAUAUUUGGGUAGUGUCAGUGCUGGAGGAUGCUCAUAAGAUGUGGACACUCAUACAGCAGAAGCUACUGCCAUGUUUUGGGCCCUUCAUGUGACCUCUGUGGAAAUGUUGGGACAUAAGUUUACCACAAAGCUGUAGGUCUAUAGAACUAUGGUUAUACCAAUUUUAUUGUAUGGAAGUGAAACAUGGGCGCUGAGGAAGGCUGAAGAGCAUGGACUGACGUUUUCAAUUCUUGUCAUCGUCAUCAACUUGCUCCUUAUUUGAGGCAGGACAGGAUCAGAAAUGGGCAGGGGUUUGGUUUUGACAGUUAUCUUGGCAUGGUCAUGUCAGCAUGGAAGAUCAGCGAAUUCUGAAGCACAUGUACCAAGGAAUGCCAUGAACUAGUGGUGAUCACAUGAGUGCCAAAAGCUUCAGUGGUGUGACAAGACUGCCAGAGAUGGACAAACUGUGAAUAUCCAGCCAGACCAGAGAUCAGUUUUAGUAGCGCUUGAUCUGCAAGGAAGCCACUCCUACCCGGGGCUCAUUCACUGUCCCCACAGCCCUAUGAGAGUGCCUUCUACAUGGUAUGGCUGGCACAGGUGAUGGAGCAAUGCCAUAAAUACAUGCCCCCAAAACUUAGGUCCCUCUCCUCCCCCAUGUUCUAGUUCUCACAAAUGCACAUGCACAACUCUAAAGCUCACCAUCCACCAUGACUGACCCUCCCUUACACCCUAUGGCUCAGCUGCCCUCCCAUACCCCUAUGGGUCACCCCCCAUGGCUUCACCCCCUCCACAUACACAUCCUUAUGGCUCACCCCCCUCCACAUACACACACCCCUUAGUGCCAAAUUGAAGAUGGUCACUGGGGUGAGGCUUGUGAUUAUUUUUACAGCUGGGUUUCCAUUGUGCUUUCCAGGGUCCUCUGCUCUGCUCCCUUCCUCCUUACUGGUCAGCUGAUCUCCAGGCUAGGCUUCUAUCGAGCUGGGCUUCUUGCUCCCCCACCCCCUGGCUACACGCUGGACCCUGAUACACUGCAGCCUGGCUCCUGCCCCUGUGGGAAAGCUGGGGAACAUGAGGCAGUUGUGGGCAGUUCCCAGCCAGGCAGGGAUACAGAAACCAUGGUGUCAGUCAUCUGAUGCAGCACCAUGGGGGAUGUGAGAGAAAAAUACUGAAUUCUGAGGCAUUUUGGCAAAAUGUGUUAAUCCACAGCUGUGGAAUCAUAGAGCCCAUGAAGUCUGAGAGAGAGGAACAAGACAGGUCUCACCUCUCCAAGCUAUACUUUCAGUCUCUGAAGACUCAGGCAGGCAUUACUGUAUUGAUUACACUUGAUCACAUUUAUGAGGCUUUUGUCACAACCACAAAGGCUGAAAAUAUUUUAAUUUUAAAUAAAAUUGAAGAUCCCGGA